UUCAUUGCAACUGUUGAAGAAAACAGAGGAGGGAGCAGAACAAAAGCCAAUGAGAAAAGGCAAAAAAAAGAAAUGGCCCUUCAAAAAAAAUUGGCUUGUGAAGCCAAAUGUCACAAAAACAAGAAAUGUGAAGGAAAAAAAGAGGAUACAAAGUGUGCAAGGGCAGAAAAGCAACAUAUUAAAGAUAUGAAACAGCUUAAAAAGAAGAAAAUUUAA